AUGUUAUUAUCAUUGUUAAGUAGGCGUACAUUGGAGGCUGAUUCCAGGGACUCUUAUGGAUUUGCUGUAAGACCUCAACACCUCCAAAGAUACAAAGAAUACGGUAACAUUUAUAAGGAAGAAGAGGAAGAAAGAUCAAAAAAGUGGUGGAAUUUUCUUGAGCAAUUUACAAAAUCGUCUUUAUCUUGUACACCUGUUGCGAAGAACUCUGAAGCACAAGAAGAAAAUGAUUUAAGUGGUACUGAUGAAGUUAUACGACAUAAACCCGAUGGAUAUGUUUCAGAUGGUCGUAAGCUUGCUGCAUCUGAUAGCGGCACAAAAUGGAGACAUGAGCAGGCUUUACAUUUAAGUAAAGAAUCAAAGCAUCGACCAAUCAGAAGUUGGGGUCCAGUUAGACCAGCUCUUGAACCUAUUGAGAAAAUGAUGAGUGUUCGUGCCAUGAAUUUGGCAUAUGAGCAUGUACGUCCAGUGCAAAAGUAUUUGCCAUCUAUUGAUGAAGAGAAUCUUGAAGUAAAUAUUUCUCUUAAUAACAUUGAGAACUGGUUUCCACAAAGUGAGCUUGCAUUAGUAGAAAGAGAUGAAGCUCAUGAAGUAUCAAAGGAUUUUGUUGACAGUAAAUUCAACGGAAUGACAGAGUCCUCUGAAAUCACUAGUCAAGAUGAGGACAAAGAAUUUACUGAUAUAAAUAAAAAUGAAGAAAUAAAUAUUGAUAGUUUGGCGAAUGCAGAGCCUUCCUUGCCGCGGAAAGAGGAAUUGGAGUCCCUUGUCCAUGGGGGUGUGCCAAAGUCUCUCAGGGGGGAGGUAUGGCAAGCUUUUGUAGGUGCGCAAGCACGAAGGGUAGAGAGUUAUUAUCAUAAAUUGCUUUCGAGCGAAACAGAUUCAGACAAUUCUACUACAUGUGCACCUGAAAUAUGGAAGAAGCAGAUUGAGAAGGAUUUGCCUAGGACAUUUCCUGGUCACCCUGCACUAGAUGAGGAGGGAAGAAAUUCUUUGCGUCGUAUACUUACUGCAUAUGCUCUUCAUAAUCCUUGUGUUGGAUAUUGCCAGGCCAUGAAUUUUUUUGCUGGCUUAUUAUUGCUUUUGAUGCCUGAGGAGAAUGCUUUUUGGACUUUAGUAGGCAUCAUUGAUGACUACUUCAAUGGAUGUUAUACACAAGAGAUGAUUGAGUCUCAGGUGGACCAACUAGUUGUUGAAGAGUUGAUGCGAGAAAGAUUUCCUAAGCUAGUCAACCACCUUGAUUAUUUGGGGGUGGAGGUUGCAUGGAUAUCAGGGCCUUGGUUUCUUUCUAUUUUCGUAAAUAUGCUUCCUUGGGAAAGCGUUCUACGAAUUUGGGAUGUACUUCUGUUUGAAGGGAACCGUGUUAUGCUUUUUCGUACCGCACUUGCCUUGAUGGAGCUUUAUGGUCCUGCCUUACUUACAACUAAAGAUGCUGGGGAUGCUGUUACCUUAUUGCAAUCACUGACUGGUUCAACUUUUGAUAGUAGCCAGCUUGUUUUGACUGCUUGCAUGGGUUUUCAUUCUGUCACUGAAAGCAGACUAGAUGAGCUAAGAAAAAAGCACCGACAUUCUGUGCUAGAAAUUAUUGAGGAAAGAACAAACGGAAGUCCGAUUUCAAAGAAUUCCAAAAGUCUUGCAUCAAAGUUGUAUAGUUUUAAGCAUGAUGCUCAAUCACUCAUAAAGGAGCCUAAUACAAAUCAAGGUUUUAAUGAAAAGAUUGAUUCACUUGGAUCUAAAGUUAACUCUUCACCUGAUAAUUUUGAUGAAUUUAUGUGUGGCCUAAGUAUUGAUUCAAAAAUUGAUGCUCUCCCAGAUCUUCAAGAACAGGUAGUAUGGUUAAAAGUUGAGUUAUGCCGGUUAAUGGAGGAGAAAAGAUUAGCAACUCUCAGAACAGAAGAGUUAGAGACCGCGUUCCUUGAGAUGGUAAAACAAGAUAAUCGUCGAGAAUUAAGUGCGAGGGUUGAGCAAUUAGAACAAGAGGUCGCACUACUUCAGCAAGCACUUAGUGACAAGCAGGAACAAGAACGUGUAAUGCUUGAGGUUCUUAUGCGCAUUGAGCAAGAGCAAAAAAUUACCGAGGAUGCUCGAAUUGCUGCUGGGCUAGAAGUUGCUGCUCAAAAAUCUGUAGUUUGUGUACUUCAGGAAAAAUAUGAGAAGGCAAUGACAUCCGUAGCUGAAAUGGAGAAAAGGGUGUUAAUGGCAGAAUCGAUGUUAGAGGCGACACUUCAGUAUGAAUCUGGUCAAGCAAAAGCUCAAAGUUCACCAAGGUCCACACGUCCUCCUGAUUCACCACACACAGGAAAAAAGAUAGGUAUACUAUCAUUUGGACUUGGUCGGCGUGAUAAGAACAAGGAAAGAUCAUGUAAUGAGGUGACUCCGAUGGAAAGCAAACUAAUAGGGAAGAAAAAUAAAGAAGAUAAGCGACAAAUAUAUGGUGAGGAGUCUUAAGAGACGAAACUAACCAAUAAUGUUAUAGAAAAUAGAACUUGACAAAAUGAAGCAUACGAUCAUCAAUGACUCAUCAUAAACAUAUUGAUCGAUGUCUUAAUCUUGUACACGUGCUCAUACUUUUGAAUUCGCGAACAACGAGAUUCAUGGACCAUACUUUGAAUAUAUGAUGUGUGUAAAAAAAGAAAUCUAAUUGCCAUCAGAAGUCCCUAAUUUGUCAACA